AUGGCUGACUCUCCCAGGGAGGGAAAACUGGCCAGGGGUCCAGACUUCACCCAGCUUGUGGACAUGGCGUGUGAGUCUGUAGGAGGAAAGAUUUUAUUCGCCACAGAUGACUUUUUUGCUCCUGCGGAAAACCUCAUAAAGAAGGACCGCCCAGGCUGCAGAGAACACGAGAACGCCGGGUCUGGGACGUGGCCGGAUGGAUGGCAGACCAGGAGGAGGAGGACUCCAGGUCACGACUGGUGCAUCAUCAAGCUGGGGAUACAAGGGAUUAUCCGAGGCUUUGACGUGGACAUUUCCUACCUCAUGGGCGAUUAUGCUCCUCGGAUAUCGAUUCAAGCAGCCAACUUGGAAGAAGAUAAACAACCAGAAAUCCCACAGAGAGGCGCCAGGACGGAAGCCGCGGCCACGCCGGAGGAGUUUGAGGCUGUUGCCAAGCUGAAGUCCGACGACUGGAAUUACCUGGUCCCCAUGACAGAGCUCAAGCCAGGAAAGCCUGCUUCCAGCCACAAUUACUUUCCCGUCAAUUCCCAGCAGAGAUGGAGUCACGUAAGGCUCAACAUUUUCCCGGAUGGUGGAAUUGCACGUCUUAGAGUGUAUGGUACUGGACAGAAAGACUGGGCUGCAACUGAUCCCAAAGAGCCAUUUGACCUGGUGGCCAUCGCUCACGGGGGUGCCUGUGUAGGAUUCAGCAAUGCACACUUCGGGCAUCCAAACAAUAUGAUAGGAGUUGGCAAGCCCAGGUCCAUGGCAGAUGGCUGGGAGACGGCGAGAAGGCUGGACAGGCCUCCAGUAUUAGAAAAUGAUGAGAACGGCAUUCUCCUUGUUCCGGGCUGUGAAUGGGCAGUUUUCCGAUUGGCACACCCUGGAGUAAUAACGCAAAUAGAAAUUGAUACAACACAUUUUAAAGGCAAUUCUCCCGACAGCUGUAAGCUGGAUGGUUGUAUCCUGACAACUCAGGAGGAAGAAGAUAUGAUCAAGCAGAAGUGGAAGCUUCCGGGCCAUAAGUGGAAACCGCUGCUGCCAGUCACCAAGCUCUCCGCCAACAACAGUCACUUGUUCGACAGCCUGACCCUGGAGCUCCAGGACGUCAUCACACACGCAAGGCUCACCAUCUUCCCGGAUGGUGGCGUGGGCCGCCUGCGACUCAAGGGCUUCCCCAGCUCCAUCUGCCUGCUGCGGCCUCGCGAGAAGCCCAUGAUGAGGUUCUCCGUGAAAGCGGGCUUCCGAGCCAACCUCUGAAUCCCCGCAUGGCCGAGCGCUGGUCAACGCGGUCCUACACGUCUCCUGAAA